AUGCUGCAGUUCAGUCUGUCACCCACCUUGUCGAUGGGAUUUCAUGUGUUAGCCAUGGUGGCCCUCGUGUUUUCCCACGUGGACCAUAUAAGUGCUGAGACAGAAAUGGAAGGAGAAGGCAAUGAGACUGGCGAGUGUACUGGCUCCUAUUACUGUAAGAAGGGGGUGAUUUUACCCAUUUGGGAGCCCCAGGACCCUUCCUUUGGGGACAAAAUUGCUAGAGCGACUGUGUAUUUUGUGGCCAUGGUCUACAUGUUUCUUGGCGUCUCGAUCAUUGCUGACCGGUUCAUGUCCUCUAUAGAAGUCAUCACGUCUCAAGAGAAAGAAAUCACCAUAAAGAAACCCAAUGGAGAGACCACCAAGACAACUGUGAGGAUCUGGAAUGAGACAGUGUCCAACCUGACCUUGAUGGCCCUGGGAUCUUCAGCUCCAGAGAUCCUCCUUUCAGUAAUUGAGGUGUGUGGCCAUAACUUCACUGCAGGAGACCUUGGUCCUAGCACCAUUGUAGGGAGUGCUGCAUUCAACAUGUUCAUCAUCAUCGCGCUUUGUGUAUAUGUCGUCCCAGAUGGGGAGACAAGGAAGAUCAAGCAUUUGCGUGUGUUCUUUGUGACAGCGGCAUGGAGCAUCUUUGCCUAUACCUGGCUUUACAUCAUUUUGUCUGUCAGUUCUCCUGGGGUCGUGGAGGUCUGGGAAGGUUUGCUUACUUUCUUCUUCUUCCCCAUCUGCGUUGUGUUUGCUUGGGUGGCAGACCGGCGGCUUCUGUUUUACAAGUAUGUCUACAAGAGAUAUCGGGCUGGCAAGCAGAGGGGAAUGAUUAUUGAACACGAAGGAGAUAGGCCAUCUUCCAAGACAGAAAUUGAAAUGGAUGGGAAAGUGGUCAAUUCCCAUGUUGACAGUUUCUUAGAUGGAGCCCUGGUUCUGGAGGUUGAUGAGAGGGACCAAGAUGAUGAAGAAGCCAGGCGAGAAAUGGCAAGGAUUCUGAAGGAACUCAAGCAGAAGCAUCCAGAGAAGGAAAUAGAGCAAUUAAUAGAAUUAGCCAAUUACCAAGUCUUAAGUCAGCAGCAAAAAAGUCGAGCAUUUUACCGCAUUCAAGCUACCCGCCUGAUGACUGGAGCAGGCAACAUUUUAAAAAGGCAUGCAGCAGACCAAGCCAGGAAAGCUGUCAGCAUGCACGAGGUCAACACGGAAGUGGCUGAAAAUGACCCUGUCAGUAAGAUCUUCUUUGAACAAGGGACGUAUCAGUGUCUGGAGAACUGCGGCACAGUAGCCCUGACUGUUAUCCGCAGAGGUGGUGAUUUGACCAACACUGUGUGUGUUGACUUCAGAACAGAGGACGGCACAGCCAACGCUGGGUCUGAUUACGAAUUUACCGAGGGAACUGUGGUCUUCAAGCCUGGUGAGACCCAGAAGGAAAUCAGAGUUGGCAUCAUUGAUGAUGACAUCUUCGAGGAAGAUGAGAAUUUCCUGGUGCAUCUCAGCAACGUCAAAGUAUCUUUGGAAGCCUCGGAAGAUGGCAUCCUGGAAGCCAGUCAUGUCUCUACCCUUGCUUGCCUGGGAUCUCCCUCCACUGCCACCGUGACUAUUUUUGAUGAUGAUCACGCCGGCAUCUUUACUUUUGAGGAACCUGUGACUCAUGUGAGUGAGAGCAUUGGCAUCAUGGAGGUGAAAGUACUGAGGACAUCUGGAGCACGUGGAAAUGUUAUCGUUCCCUAUAAGACCAUUGAGGGGACCGCCAGAGGCGGAGGAGAAGACUUUGAGGACACAUGCGGAGAGCUCGAGUUCCAGAAUGACGAAAUUGUCAAAACAAUAUCAGUCAAGGUAAUUGAUGAUGAGGAGUAUGAGAAAAACAAGACCUUCUUCCUUGAGAUUGGAGAGCCCCGCCUGGUGGAGAUGAGUGAGAAGAAAGAUGAAUAUGAUGACAAGCAGCCACUGACCAGCAAAGAGGAGGAAGAGAGGCGCAUUGCGGAAAUGGGGCGCCCCAUUCUGGGAGAGCACACCAGACUGGAGGUGAUCAUUGAAGAAUCCUACGAGUUCAAGAGUACCGUGGACAAACUGAUUAAGAAGACAAACCUAGCCCUGGUGGUUGGGACGAACAGCUGGAGAGAGCAGUUCAUCGAGGCGAUCACUGUCAGUGCUGGGGAAGAUGACGAUGAUGACGAAUGUGGGGAGGAGAAGCUGCCCUCCUGUUUUGACUACGUGAUGCACUUUCUGACUGUGUUCUGGAAGGUCCUCUUCGCCUUUGUCCCCCCGACAGAGUACUGGAACGGCUGGGCAUGUUUCAUCGUCUCCAUCCUCAUGAUUGGCAUACUGACGGCUUUCAUUGGAGACCUCGCUUCCCACUUCGGCUGCACCAUCGGCCUGAAGGAUUCCGUGACUGCGGUGGUGUUUGUCGCGCUUGGAACCUCAGUGCCAGACACGUUUGCAAGCAAAGUGGCAGCCACCCAGGACCAGUAUGCGGAUGCAUCCAUAGGUAACGUCACAGGCAGCAACGCGGUGAACGUCUUCCUGGGCAUCGGUGUGGCCUGGUCCAUCGCUGCCAUCUACCACGCGGCCAACGGGGAACAGUUCAAAGUGUCCCCUGGCACGCUAGCUUUUUCUGUCACUCUCUUCACCAUUUUUGCUUUCAUCAACGUGGGGGUGCUGCUGUAUCGGCGGAGGCCGGAAAUUGGAGGUGAGCUGGGUGGGCCCCGGACUGCCAAGCUCCUCACAUCCUGCCUCUUUGUGCUCCUGUGGCUCUUGUACAUUUUCUUCUCCUCCCUGGAGGCCUACUGCCACAUAAAAGGCUUCUAA